AUGUCAUUUAAUUAUUCUUCAAUUAUUGAUGAACAUCUAUCUCGUGAUGAUCCUUUAUUUUGGAGUCGUCCAACACCAGUUAAUUGUAAUGGGAUUCGUAUUGUUGGCAUAUUUUUAUGUAUUGCUGCGGUGAUUGGUAUUGUUUUGAACGGAGCUCUAUUUUACAGUUUUGUACGAUACAAGACUCUUCGUUCACCACCAAAUAUAUUCGUUAUGUUUAUCACGGGAGUGGGUCUUUUUGCUUCAUUCACAAUACUACCAUUGACAGGUACAUCUUCAAUUUAUUGUCAGUGGCUAUAUCAACGUACAGGUUGUCAAUUAAGCGCUAUUAUUGCAUAUUUAUAUGGAUGUUCAAGUUCGUAUUUACUCUGUGGAGCAAGUAUUAGUCGAUUUUAUAUUAUUGUUCGACCAUUUCAAGCUAAAAAUGUUACUGUAAUACUUAUAGCUUUUCUUUGGACUAUGUUACCUGUAAUGGGAUGGAAUGAAUAUACAAUGGAAGGAACUCGUACUUCUUGCUGUAUUAAUUGGUAUGAUCGACGUACUUCUUACGUUGCAUUCAUAGGUUUUCUUUUCAUCGUUGUCUAUUGCAUUCCACUUAUAAUUCUCAUUACCGCAAAUACAAUUACUUGGUUUGAACUUAAACAAAUGCACAAAAAAAUAAAAAAUGGUUUUCAAACAGUAUUUAGUCGUAGACGAAUUGAAAUGGAACAACGUAUUCUUAAAAAUUAUGCCAUACCACCAAUGACAGUUUUCGUUUGUGCGUGUUUUGCCAAAACAUCACUUAUAUGGAUUCCAAUGUUUUAUGCUUAUACAUCGACUCAGUUUCAAUUAAGUUGUGUCAAUCGAAGCUCAUUAGAUCAACCAAUCGGAACUACACGAGUAGCUGCAGUAGCAUUAGCCAAUAUACCUGUAUUACCUCAGAAAAAUGAUGAAAUGGUAAUGAAUGCUGUUACUGACAACAUGUGUAACAUACAACUUACUGCUAAUGAAAACUAUUAA